AAGAUACGAUGAUAACUCCACUUCUACUUAUAUAUACCUUAUCUAUGGAUAACUCAAUGCGUUGAAUAAAAAUUGUAUUUUAUCAAUCACCGCUAAAAGUUUGUUUUGUCAAGGAAAACGUCCGUAAUUUUGUAAAACAAAUUGCAUACACUCGGGCUAAUUUAUUCAAUCAAAAAUCAAAACAUAACCUAUCAUUUUAUCGCAAACUUAUUUGUUUGUAUCAAGUUUGUAGUUUGUAUACAGAUUUUCUUUCCUAAUAUCAAAUAUCACCAAAGCCGCAUCGCAUAAUAUAAUAAUUGUAACAGAAAUUACAAAAAAUAUACAACGAAUAGAUUCAGCGUAUAAUAACAGAAGAACUGAUAUAUUUAAUUAUGGAGCAGAAUAUUUUGGUUCAUCUGGAUUUAAAGGGAGCCCCCCCAAAACCAGCAUAUUUAGCAAAGUUCUUUUCGUUUGUAAAAUCCCUUGGUGCUACAGGUAUUCUUUUAGAAUGGGAGGAUACUUUCCCAUACACAGAUGAUAUUAGAUUGUUGGGAAGUCUUGGGGAUUCUAGUGCCAGUAAGGGACAUUACACAAAUGAAGAAGCUUUAGAAAUAUUAAGAUUAGCCAGCCAAUCAAAUUUAACUGUGAUACCUUUAGUACAAACAAUAGGUCAUAUGGAAUUUGUUCUGAAAUAUAGUAAAUUUAAUCACUUAAGAGAAACAAAAGAUUGUCCAAAUUGUUUAUGCCCUACUGCAGAUGGCAGUUUGGAUCUGGUCAAAUGUUUAGUGAAUCAAAUCAUAUCUUUUCAUGAACACUGUGAAUAUAUCCACAUCGGUGCUGAUGAAGUUUGGCAUAUGGGGGUUUGUGAAAAAUGUGUUCAACUAGAUUCACAGCGACUCCGUUCCUUGUGGUUAGAUCAUGUGAUCACACUAGCACUUUAUAUAAAAAGUACUUAUCCAAGUAAGAAGAUAAUCGUAUGGGACGACAUGCUAAGAAAUAUCGAUGAAGACCUUCUUAAGCAAUCAAAUAUUGGAAAUCUCGUGGAGCCAAUGGUAUGGUACUACCAAAAAGAAGACGCUUUCUUUAAUCAAAAUCUUUGGGACAAAUAUUGCACCGUAUUUCCUAACAUAUGGGCUGCUUCUGCUUUUAAGGGAGCAACAAGUAGCUGUCAAAUAAUACCUACAGUUGCCCAUCAUAUACAAAAUCAAGAUUGCUGGAUUCGAGGCUUGUCAAGCUAUACUGAGAAAAUAAACAACUUAAGAGGAAUAGUACUAACGGGUUGGUCGAGAUUUGACCACUAUGCGACGUUAUGUGAGUUGCUCCCAUGUGGAAUUCCGUCUUUAUUCUUUAGUUUAAUGACGCUACGUCAUGGAGAGUAUUCACCGGAAGCUUGCGAGACAGAGGCUUUACGUGUAAAUUGUUCAUUUCCAUUCAAUAAUAUGACAAACAGACCUCCAAUUUUUCCUGGUAGUGAAGUAUACGUCGCCAUGGAAUGGUUAGCAAGUUUUAUAAGAAAAUAUAAAAUGGAAGUUAAUGAUGACAGAUUUAAUACUUGGUUCAAUCCAUGGCAAAUUAAAACAAGGCAUGUGCAUCGAGGACAUAUCUUGGGAACCCAUGCAAAUUUAGAAGCAUUAUUAGGUGAACUGGAAAUAGUAGAAAAACGUUUUGAUGAAUGCAUUGUUGAUAUUUUGUAUAACCAUACCAUAGAGGAAUUAAAAGGCACUUUAAUAGAUCCUAUCAAACAACAUAUAAACAAAAUGUUGCAAGAUUCUAAAUCACUAAUAGAUCCUGGUAACUCAUCGAAACCUCAAGCAUGUAAAAGGAGUUGGCUCCAGGCGGGAAUGAGUGUUGAAGAAAACUCUUAAUAACUUCGACAAAUAAAGAAGAUUGAAAUUUUUACGACAGUUCAUUGAAAUUGAAAUACAUAGUCACACAAAACAAAUCAAUUUUUAGAACUAAAAAUAUGAAAACCAAAUGUUUUAAUAGUAUGAUUCCUAUUUAUAAAGUAUAAUUAAGAUAUGUUUUAAUUUUGUAUUCCAUUUUUAAA